ACCCAGACGCUGCUGGAUAUCGAAAUACAUCCGGGUUUAUCGUAGUCUCUGUCACUCUUUCAUUUCUCUUCCGCGAUGGAAACAAAUUCGUCGAUACAGUAGUGAAAAUAAGAAAACCGAAAACAAAAAUAUCGAGUCACGUCCACGAAGACAGAAUAGUAGCGAAGGAGGUCGAAGGGAGAGGAGAGUCGACUAGGUCGAGACGCGCCGCACUCCCUUAGUCAGCUUCGGACGACCAAGGUGUUCCCAGGAAUACGGUCAACGCACUCGCUCCGACGCUCCUCCAGGGACAACAGCCGAAGCCGCAGAAAUGACGAACCCGCUGGCGUGUCUUCUGGUCCUUGUGCUUCUAAGUGUGACGAGCGUUAACGGUGAGGGGAAUGGACUGCAGGAAGCAGGAAGAACAAUUCUUUCGCCAGAUGAAGCAGCCGGCAUGCACGUCGUGGUGUCACAGUUCUUCAGCGGAGGAGGACUACUACUGGCCUGCUUCUACGUCCUGCUAAACCUGUUCAAGCCUCUUUACACCCUCUUCACCGUACCUCCCGUAGAAGACCCAGCCCAUGCUGAUAGUGGCCAUGGAGGUGGUCAUAGGAGCUUAUUGAAUAGUAUUGACUUCGUGGAUGUUACCUUUAACGUUAUGAAUGUCGAGGACGUUGAGUGCAGGAAGCGUGCCAUUUGCGAGCUACAGAAGGCGGCGUCCAGGAUGCCUCUUUGGGGAGACCUGUUGGAAAGCGCCAGUUCCUCCAUCAACGGAUUAGAAAAAUACAAAGAGGCCCAGCGGCUGGGAGCGACCUUUGAAGACUGUCAGCUGCACUUCCAAUGCUCGCGGCUUCCCUUGGGCUUCAGCUUUCAGGGGCGUCAGAACAAGCAGUCUCAAGUAACGAAUAAAUAUGGCCAGUAA